UGGGCGGCUUUCACAAAUUUCACGACAGCUGUCCUUGAUCGUUCGUGACGUCGCUGUCGAUCAUUUGGAUCUUCAUGAGAUCGACAGACGCUCUAAAACCCACUUUCGGCACCUCCGAGCCAUGCUCUCCUAGCACUGAUGAGCGUGUCUCCGGCUCUGCAAUGUCGCUCGCUCCUCGUUUUGCUCUCACGUCAUUGGCUUGAUCGGAUCCGACUCAGUUUCAUGCGUUGCUAUUGAUACAUCUUAUAAAGCCUCUCGGGCACUGUCCCUCUCAGCCUGCUUACUUACGAGCAUCAUGCGCACGUUUGCAGUGUUGACGACGCUCUCGCUCGUUGCAGUCAGCCUGUGCUCGCCCAUUGCCUGCCCAUACCUCGAGUCGCAUGGCAUCUCCCUCGACAGCAGAGAUAUCCCAGGCGAUGUCGGUCACGAAGCGCUGAAGAAACGUGGCCUGCCACAAAUACUUGGCGCUCCUGCCAAUCUGCUGGAUGGUAUCCUUGGAGGUGUUGCGGCCGUUGUCGACCCAAACCAGAAGCGUCCGGAGCCAGGCUAUAACUUUAUCGCGCCUGGACCGACCGACCAGAGAGGUCCCUGUCCGGGCCUGAACACUCUGGCUAAUCAUGGUUAUCUCAAUCGAUCAGGCAUUGUCAGAGCGGGCGAUGUCAUCACAGCCACCGAGCGUGGCUUCAACAUGGGUCCGGAUCUGUCUGCUCUUCUCGUCACGAUUGCCGUUGCCUUCGGUGGCAAUAUCGAGACCGAAGUCUUUUCAUUGGGUGGCGAGGAUGACCGCACCUACAGCGCAACUGGCAUUGGAUCCAAAGCAGCCGGUAGACAGUACGGGCUCGACGCUCACAGUCGUUGCGAGGGUGAUAUCUCAGCUACCCGAGAGGAUUACUAUCUCAAUAACGGGGACGAUCACAACGGCUCACCUCGCCGCUUUGCACGCUUCAUCGAGACUGCUAAAGCCAACGGCGGCCAGUUCAACGUCCCUGCCGCAAAUCAGCUCUUUGGCAUCAACUCGAAGGAAUCGAUUGCCUACAAUCCUCGUCUGUAUUUCCAAGCAUACACUAUCGUCGUCGUUCUUGGCGAGUAUCCCUUCUUGCCGAACUUCUUCUCAAACGGAACAUACGGCGCCGGCGGUGAUAGCAAUUUCGAGAGCCUGGCGCCCUUGAUGGGCUACACAAUCGACAAUGCGACUCAGCAGAUAUGCUAUCAGCCUGAGCGCUUCCCAGACAACUGGUACCGCCGUACGACACCUUACGGCGUGGCACAGCUUGUUGAGGGUCUUGUGCCUACCUACCUGGCAGCCGGAAAGAACUUGCCUCUGCCCAAUCCGCUCGGUGCCUUGCUACAGAACAACGCCCAGACAUCAGAGAUCACUUGCGCGGUCUAUCAGGGUAUCUUCUCCGGCAUUCCAACGGCAGUCGGUGCCACAGCACAGUCGAUCUCUGACAUCUCCACGUACGUGUCAAAGUCACUGUUUGGCCCAAGUGCGAAGCCAUUGUUCGGUUGCGACAUCAGUGAGCCCUCGAUUGCAACGAACUCGAGCAACCCGAACGGCAAUCAGUACGCUUCGCCUCUCAACAAUGGGGGCAGUCAAAGUCAGCAGAUCUGUGGUUUCAAGAAGCCGCCUGGCCUUCCUGCAAGCGCGCCUACGAUCUAGAGACACGAUAGACAUUCGCAGACUAGACAUGUUGAAACAAAGAAAUGACGAAAUUCCAAUUGACUGCAUU